AUGUCGCCCAAAGGUGGUAAUGUCAAAGUGCUUAUAGCAGGAGGAAGCAUCGCGGGGCUAUCACUUGCGCUCAUGCUUGAGCAGAAUGGGAUCGAUUUCCUAGUGUUGGAAGCCUAUCCUAGCAUCGCACCACAGGUCGGAGCGAGUAUCGGUGUUUUGCCGAAUGGACUGCGGAUUCUCAAUCAGCUGGGCUGCUAUGAAGAUGUUAUUGCUGCGGCUGAGUAUCCGGUUGAGAAAGUUGUUUUCAGAGAUUCGCGAGGAGAGAGGUUCUGGUCUUUCGACAAUUUUGGCGAACAGAUAACUGAAAGACACACAUACCCUGUUGUCUUUCUUGACCGACGCAUGUUGAUUCAGAUUUUGUACGACAACAUUCAGCAAAAGGACAAGAUUUUGACAUCUGAGAGAGUGGUGUCCGUGACGAACAAUCCGGAUGAGGCGAUCGUUACCACGAAGAGUGGAAAAACCUAUACCGGAACAUUCCUGGUUGGAGCUGAUGGAAUUCACUCUGCUGUUCGGCAGCAGAUGUGGGAGAAUGCGCAGAAGGUUGAUCCAACAUGGAUUGACGCAUCCGAGGAAGAUGCAUUGCCAGCCACAUACGCAUGCAUCUUCGGUAUAUCCAGGGGAGUGUCCGGUAUCGAAAAAGGGACACUCACCUCCGUCUUCAACGAGCACUUUUCUUACCUGGUCCCGAGCGGACCUGGUGACAGAACCUACUGGUUCCUCGUGAGGAACAUGGGAAAGGCGCUGCAUGGCUCCGAGAUCCCACGAUUCACCAAAGACGAAGAAGAAAGCCUUGCGAGAGAACACUGGGAUGAUUGCAUCACGCCAAAUCUGCGGUUCUCCGAACUCUACAAAAACAAGAUCAGCUCUGUAUACACUGCGCUGCCGGAGUAUGUGUAUAAGAGAUGGUAUUUCCAGAGGGUGAUGACUAUCGGCGAUGCAGCUCAUAAGUUCGAACCCUUGACGGGACAAGGAGGCAACAAUGCAAUUGAAACGGCAGCAGCAUUGACGAAUCAUCUCGUCGCUGCAUUGGACGCAAGCUCAUCGAAGGAGCUAUCAGCCGCAGAAAUCACCUCAAUAUUCGAGAAAACCCAACACCAACGUGAGGAUCGAACUCGGAGUCUUGUUAAAGCGUCGCAUGCCCGACAGCGUCUGGAAUGCAUGGAGACCCCGCUCCUGAAAUUCAUUGCCAACUUCAUCGUCCCAUAUGUCCCGAAGAGCAUGCUGACCGAUCGCUGGGUAGAUACAUACUCCGCCGCAGUGUCGCUGAACAUGCUACCAAUCCCGGUGAAGAAGCGAACAAUACCGUACUACGACGAGUUGCUGAGGUUCCCGUCAUCGCGCAGUCGAUUUAGCUCGAUUGUGUACAUCCUGCUCGCGGCUUUAUCGUUCCUUGCAUAUCAGCUUCUAUUCGAGGCAGGGAGAGAGAACGGCACAUUUUCUCAAGUUCGAGAGGCGGUCAUCAAUAGCUCGAUCGGCGAGUCAGGUCUGAAUUUGAAACCAUCUUAUACUGGUUUCCUACCUAUCGACAGAAUUCUUAAGACAUUGGUCGCUAUUUUCUUGCCCGCUGUCACUAGCUCGAAUCCGGAGCAGCCACUUCAGCUAAUUUACUUUUUAUCUUCGAUGCUGCCCUUGAUUGCCGUUUUCACAGUUGAGGGAUAUCGUCGAAAGAAUAGGUGGACGGCCAUCGCGAGUCCCAGCAUCUGGGGGAUUCUUUACCAACUGCGAGGAAUCGGUUGUAUCGCACCGAUCUACUUUGCUUUUAGCAUGUUUACGUCUCGCAAGUCCACGUUCCUUCUGCUCCCGGGCCGGGAAGUCUCUGCGGCUAGAUUCAUUUUGCCUGCGUUGAUAGUCGGUUACAUCGUGCCCACCGUUCUGCUCUUCUUUCCCUUCAAUAAUCCCGAGACGCGCCAGGGUAUUAUUGCAUUUUGGCAGCCUGCACCAGUCUUGGUUUCUUGCUUCACAUACGUUUUCGCCGGAAUAGAAGAAGCCACCAAGAAAGCGAGCGGAUGCAAGAAGUCCACAUCGGAGAAUAGCAUUUCCCAUCUGCGCACCAUUUACCAGACGACUGGAGUCAUCGCUGCAUGCGUGCACUUGAGCGUGGUCACUGGAUGCCUGAUUUCAGGGGACCUUUCCCUGACACGACUUUUCAUUCCGAGGGACUCGUUUGGGCAGGUUGGCAGGUUGGUGGACGGUGUCCUUAUCUUCUUCCAAAACGACUUUCUCCUUGUGACCGUCGCCAGCUUCCUUUGGAGUCUGGUCAAUAUUUCAGAUCUUUACAGAUCGGGGUUGUCAAAUGUGAAUUGGCGGACUGGGGUCUGCGCGCUGUUCGCUGGGUUCGUGUUCAUUGGGCCAGGUGCGACUGUUGCGGCUUUGUGGUUCUUGCGCGAGGAAGCGAUCGGUCUCCGACAUUGGCAUUCAAAUCGACAGUGA